GAGGGCGGCCGGCCUCUGGGCGUCCCCAGCCUGGCGCCCGCUCAGCUUCCCAGGGGCCGCGACGAGAGAGGCGCCCCGACACGGUUCGCCUUCCUCUCGCUCUGGUUCCAGGCGACGCCCGCCCGUCCUCGGCCCGUCGGCGGCUUCCUGGGGCCCUGGGGCCGGCCCGGCCUCCCUCAGCCAGCCCGGCCUGGGGAGGGUCCGCGGACCGACGAGCGACCUGGUUGACGCCCCCGGGGAGACCGUUAACCAGCCACCCGCCGACGGCACCUCGGGCAGGAGACGACCGCGCAGCAGCUGACCCUGCGUGGUCAGAGAGCCGAAUUGGGGCCGUUUUCCUCCGUCCCAAGACUAGCUGGAGCACACAGAGAUAUGACAAUUUCUGUUGUCUGAAAAGCUGGGGGGAAUUCAAAGUGAUUUAGGUCUUUUAAAGCGUUAGAAAAUAAUCCCGAUAGCACGUACUUGAGGUAUCCCUCAAAUCUUAGCCGGCAUCGUGCCGCUACUGCACGUUUCCAUUAAUUGUUCAAAAUUAUUUAGUUGUCUCUUUAAGUGGUAUUACUUUGGCGUGAAUUUUAAAGGCAAAGUGAGAAAUUUCCUUUAUCGGAAGCCUACGUAACGUUGGCGUCUAAGAACUCGAGAUUUACUGAUGAAACAGAGAUUCUGAAGAUGUCAGAAAGGCAUUCAGGUGAAGCCGGCACUGGAGCAGGAAAUGAGGUGGACUCUCCUAUUGUCAGAGUCAAGUCCUCCAGCUUUGGAGACCUUUGUUCCACAUCUUCUUUUCAAGAUAGUGGCUACAGUGAGCUGUUAAAAUCAUGCAGCUUUGAUAAUACAGAUAAAGAAUUCUUUGGAAAGAAAGAAAGAGGCUCAACAUUGAUCCACGAAUAUCCUGAAACUUCAAGUUUGGCCUUAACCCAUAGUUUAGAGUCUCCCACUCAAAGAAAGAGAUUUGUCUUCCUCAGGAAGGAAAAUGAUAAAACCCCAGAACUUUGCGAAACUCCUAAAGUCAGUGGAAAAAAACAUUUGCCACGCAGAAGAUUGGACAUAUCUUUCUCUCUUCUAGACAGGGACGUUGAAUCACACAGCAGUUCCCUCGAAAGUAGUACAAGCCAAGUUCCCAAUUUAGAAAAAAAUAUUCCAAGCAGUGCUUCAGGUUUUCCAAGGCAAGGUAAUUUUAGUUCUUCAGUUAGUAGCACUUUGAGAACAGGAGAAGUAACUUCCAGCAGUCAAAAAUUGAGACUUAAUUUUUCUCAACAGAAGACUUCCACAGUGGAUGAUUCCAAAGAUGACUGUGGCCUAUUUGAAGUUGAAUGUAUAUCUCCGAUUCAGGGCAGUAAUUUUAAAGACUCUAUCACACAUGACUUUAGUGACAGCAGUCUAUGUAUUAAUAAUGAGAAUACAUAUCCUGAACUUCUGGGCUCUUCUGUUGGUGGAACAAGCUGUAGAACAGAUGAGGACAUAUUUGUGACUCCAAUCAGUAAUCUUGUACCAAGUGUUAAAUUUAAUGCAAGUCGAAGAUUCUCUCCUUCAGCUGGAGUGAGACGCAAUAUUUCGACCCCUGAAGACAGCGGUUUCAACUCACUUUGCUUGGAUAAAUCAGAAGAUUCCCUAUCUGAGCAAGAGGGCUCUUUCCAAGAACUACUUCAGAAACAUAAGGGAACUCUCAAAGUCAGGGACACCAUAAAAAAGUCAAGGCGUCUUGGAAGAUUGAGAAGACUGUCCACCCUUCGGGAGCAAGGCUCACAAUCUGAGACAGAAGAAGAAAACCAGACCUACCUCUCUAGCUCUGAAUCAACACCAGCGACCGCUUCAGACGUUUCAGAGAGCCAGCCGAGCAGUGACAGUAAGAGUGAGGAUUUAAGCUUUAAGAAUUUAUCGAAGACCCCAGCCUUGCAAUUAGUUCAUGAGCUUUUUAUGAAAAGCAAAAGGAAAAGAUUCCAGCAAAACAGUGCACAUGAAUUGUUAGAAGAAAGGGACGGGGGGAAAAUAGCUGUACUACAGCGUGUACUUGCAGGACUGAUUGGCAAGAAAAUGGGUAUAGAAAAACUGGACAUCUUAACAGAAUUAAAGUACAGAAAUCUAAAGCAUGUUCUUGCUAUGGUUUUAGAUUCCUUGACUGCGGAAAGCCUAUGUAGUGUUUGGAAAGUGAGCAGAAAUUGGCGCGAAAUUAUUAUUCAAGAUAAAAAAGCAAAUCGAAGGAGGAAAUUACAUAUCACACAACUGAAAACAAAUUCUGAGGGGGCUAUAUUAGAUGUUGAGGAUGCUGCCACUCGGCUCCAUCUGUUAAACCGAUCAGCUCUAAGGUCUGUGCAAGCACAGGCUAGGACACCAGGUUUUCAGAAAGAACAAGCUUCAACAUUUUCUCCUUGGGGAGAAGUUUUGACACCUAUAGCAAGCUCUUCUGUUACUCACUUAAGUAGUAAACAGGAAGAAUAUGUCAAGGUUGCCAAAACACUUUUUAUUGAUGAAGCGUUAAAACCUUGCCCAAGGUGCCAGUCCCCUGCUAAGUACCAGCCUUAUAAGAAAAGGGGGCUAUGUAGCCGCACAGCCUGUGGCUUUGACUUUUGUGUGCUAUGUUUGUGUGCUUAUCAUGGGUCUGAAGAAUGUAGUAGAGGAGCAGCAAAGCCAAGAAAUAGAAAAGAUGUUCUUCCAGGAAGUGCCCAGAGUAAGCGGAAUUUAAAACGCCUCUAAAGAGACUUUAAAUAUAAAAGAAGCAUUCCCUCUGAGCAACAUUUUGUGUGACUUAAAAUUAUGAGUAUUUUGAAAGCAUGCACAUCUCCCCAUCAAUGACAGAUGAUGAUUUAUUUCCUGUUUUGUAUAUAUUAUGAUCCAUGUCAUUGUAUGUUUUCUUUGAAGUAGUGAGUUUUGGAAAAAUCUAAUUUUACUAUGUCGUUUUUACUCAUUUUAAUAACUUAGUGUUUUUAAAUAAAGAAUUUUCAGUGUUAUAUGUAUUUAACUGUUUCAUGCAAAAUUUAAAAACUGCAUUUCAUCACUAUGUGUUGAAACGUUCUUCACUAAUCAGUUUUCAAAAGUAGUUUUCCAGAUAAUAUUAAAAUUUUUGAACUUGAGACAGAUGGCCUUAUAGAUUUCAAAAUCUUUGAAUAUUUGACUGAAAAUGAAAUAAAAUGUUUUCAGAA